CUUGGAGGAGGAUGGGAGACAAGAAGAAGAAACGCGGCGAGGUCGCUACUCUCUCUGAUCUCAAGCGCGCGCAUGAAUCGGACAGCGAUUCGGAUGGGCAGGAGUACUACACUGGCGGCGAGAAGAGUGGCAUGGUGGUCCAAGAUCCUGCCAACAACAAGCAGAACAAGGAUGUCGACUCGAUUUUCAAUCGCGCGCUGGAGCUUGGAGCCCAGAAGGGGACGGGCGAUGUCUCGUCCUCAUCCAGCCGCGCCAAAUCCGGUGGGUUUGGGGGCGUUGGAAGAACCCUAGCAGGCGGCCAGGCAUCCGGGGCGGCAGCUCCGGACGAGGAAUCGACGCCGGAGCCAGUGUUUCACACCAUCACUUUCUGGAGGAAUGGCUUCACUGUGAACGAUGGUGGCCUGAGAAGGCUCGACGAUCCAGCAAACAUUCCUUUUCUCCAGAGCAUCCACAGAGGUGAGUGCCCGAGAGAAUUGGACUCUAGAAAUCCAGACAUCCCGGUCCAUGUCAACUUGAUGAAGCGCGACGCGGACUGGACCCCGCCGCCUCCAGCGCAGCAGCAAUACUUCUUUGGAGCAGGAAGAACUCUAGGAUCUUCGCAGCCCCCCAGCAGCAAUGACGCUAGUGACGCCGCUGUGACCCCUGCCGCUCCAUUCCGUGGGAUCGUGGUGGACGAGCAGAAGCCUUUCACGUCGCUCCAGCUGCGGCUCGCCGAUGGGACGAGAAUGGUAGCGCGAUUCAACAAUCACCACACCGUGGGAGACAUUCGUGGGUUUAUCGACGCGGCCCGAGCCGGCGGACCCAAGCUCUACUCGCUCCAAGUCAUGGGAUUUCCUCCAAAGCUCCUCAACGAUUCGUCGCUCACGAUCCAAGAGGCUGGAUUGGCUAACGCUGUUGUCAUCCAGAAGAGCAAUGCGUGAAUAGAACAACUCCCCUUAUUUA